UGUGUACGAAUCUAAAGAGCGUUGUAAAAUCUUAAAAACCCCCCAAAAUUCCCCUCAUUUUCAGAUCACAGUCUCCCCCGAGACGAACCCAAUCCACACAUUUCAAACCCUACAAACCCUAACCAUGUCUUCACGGCGGCUCCUCGCCACCCUCCUCCGCCGCUCCCUCCACCGCUCCCCCGUCACUCAUUCCACCAGAUCCUCCGCCGCACGCGCUCUCUCCCACACUCCCUCACCCCCUCCCCCUCAUUUCACCCGUUACACCACCUACUCCACCUCAACCGCCGCUCCAUCUCCGCCACCACCCGUCUCCGGAUCUCACGACGGCAAGAUCACCGACGAGUUCACCGGCGCCGGUUCUAUCGGACAAGUGUGUCAGGUGAUUGGUGCUGUUGUUGAUGUUAGGUUUACCGAAGGAUUACCGCCGAUCCUCACGGCUCUUGAGGUUUUGGAUAACUCGAUUCGGUUGGUUUUGGAAGUGGCGCAACAUUUGGGGGAGAAUAUGGUGAGGACUAUUGCUAUGGAUGGUACUGAAGGACUUGUUAGAGGUCAACGUGUUCUUAAUACUGGUUCUCCUAUCACUGUACCUGUUGGCAGAGCUACUCUUGGUCGUAUUAUUAAUGUUAUUGGAGAGCCUAUCGAUCAUAGAGGCGAUAUCAAGACCGAUCACUAUUUGCCUAUUCAUAGGGAGGCGCCCGCUUUUGUUGAGCAAGCAACUGAACAACAGAUCCUUGUCACUGGUAUCAAGGUCGUAGAUCUUCUUGCACCAUAUCAAAGAGGAGGAAAGAUUGGUCUGUUUGGCGGUGCUGGUGUUGGAAAAACUGUUCUUAUCAUGGAGCUUAUUAACAACGUUGCUAAGGCCCAUGGUGGUUUCUCUGUAUUUGCUGGAGUCGGAGAACGAACCCGUGAGGGUAAUGAUUUGUACAGAGAAAUGAUGGAAAGUGGUGUCAUCAAGCUAGGUGACAAGCAGAGUGAGAGCAAGUGCGCUCUUGUGUAUGGUCAAAUGAAUGAACCACCAGGUGCUCGUGCUCGUGUUGGGCUGACCGGGUUGACCGUGGCUGAACACUUCAGAGAUGCUGAAGGACAAGACGUGCUUCUAUUUAUUGACAACAUUUUCCGUUUCACUCAGGCUAACUCUGAGGUGUCUGCUUUGUUGGGUCGUAUUCCGUCUGCCGUGGGUUAUCAACCAACUUUGGCUACCGAUCUUGGAGGCCUUCAGGAACGUAUCACAACAACUAAAAAGGGUUCCAUUACAUCCGUGCAAGCAAUUUACGUGCCUGCUGACGAUUUAACAGAUCCUGCUCCCGCAACAACAUUUGCUCACUUGGAUGCCACUACUGUGCUAUCCCGACAGAUCUCUGAGCUUGGUAUUUACCCUGCUGUCGAUCCACUUGACUCGACAUCUCGUAUGCUUUCACCCCAUAUUUUGGGAGAGGAUCAUUACAAUACAGCUCGUGGUGUACAAAAGGUUCUUCAGAAUUACAAGAAUCUUCAAGAUAUUAUCGCAAUUCUUGGAAUGGACGAGCUUAGUGAAGACGAUAAGUUGACAGUUGCUCGCGCUCGCAAGAUUCAAAGGUUCUUGAGUCAACCCUUCCACGUUGCUGAAGUUUUCACCGGUGCCCCUGGUAAAUAUGUCGAGUUGAAGGAAAGCAUUGGUAGUUUCCAGGGAGUGUUGGAUGGAAAGUAUGAUGACUUACCAGAACAAUCAUUCUACAUGGUUGGUGGUAUCGAUGAGGUCAUUGCCAAGGCCGAAAAGAUUGCCAAGGACAACGCUUAGAUGACAACUCUCGUUUUUCUUAUUUGUUGUUACCGUUUGGAAUAAUUGUCGAUUUUGGUGGCGGUUCUGUUUCCAGAAAACCUACAUGUACCGGAAUUUUUUAUUUCGCUAGCCGAUGAUAUGUUGGCUUUGUUUUGUGAUAGAGAAAGCUGAGACGAUGUUUAUCCCUUUGUUUUAUUGUGAGAUAAUAAGUGGGGACAAUUGUUGGAGUUGUACAUUUUUUUUGUUUAUGGUAUACUUGCAUUUUAAC